CAGCCAGAAAAUCCCCAAUGGCCUCCACCCGCACGGUGGACGGUCGACCCCGUGAUCCCGAUUUGGAGUUCUACUCCCGCUUCGUGGGUAUUUUCGCCGAGAAUGGAUCCAGGAACAUGUCAAAAAUCUCGAGUACGCCCGCCACCGGGAGUCCCAGGCCGCAAUCGCCGACAACGUCCUCUAGCGCGACGCAAGGCCAGCUCUCUUCCGUCUUCUUCCCGUGAAACUGGGUCUGAGCAACAUGUCGGAGGUGCUGCUCAGCCGCCAUCAGCACAAAUGGUGGAAGAACUAGCUGAUUCAUUCUCAGAGAAACUGCUUGAUGGUACGGAAACACAGAAACCAAUGCAUGAUGAGAUCGAGAAAGGAGCAAAUAACAACACAAUCUUUACUCCCAAGCAAGUUGGAUUAGGCAUAUCAUACAGCGAGAUGUUGGCGGACGAGGAAGAAGACAUGGUUAAAUACCGUCGCUUCUGGGAACAUUUCUGGGGCAGCUCGUCGGGUUCCUUCAAAGACUACACGUUUUCAACUCCCAUACUUUAUACAUAUGGAUCCAUCCCAGCACAUGCUAGCCUCCACAGUUGCUUGCAGAUAUUCUCCAUCAAAGUCAUGGAGAAUGAACUUUGGAGAAUCAGGUGGCCGGUGGAGGUAUACGGCUUUAUUGCUGCUCGAGACACCAUGGAUCACAAUCGCAACCUUCUGUUCAGCCGCACAAGGGAUGACCCCCAAAUUUUCACUCCUCAGGAUCCAUUCUUGCAAUUGACUGGCCCAUGUCGCCCGAUUGCGUUGAUCGACCCUGUUGACUUUGAAAUUCAACUAAAAGUGAAGGGGAAGACAGAAUCUGAAGAUGAAACAUUCAUGGCUCGAUGUUUUGAAUAUGAUCAUGGUUUUGGACAGUCCGGUCAUCUUGCCUGUCGUCGCUGGGAGGGUAAUUUUUGCACACUGGAGAUCACCUCUGCUCUACUUGGUAGCACGGUUGCAGCAACUAUCAUCUCUGCUGAUGUUAUUGAAGGGUCAUGGCCUGAUGAUUGUGGAGGUCGUGUGGUUUCCCGUACUGCUGGCAUAGAUGAAGAUUUUGUGCUGCUUGAUUCUGGAGAUGGACCAAUGCAUGUGGAUCCAGAUGGUCACAUUACCCUUCAAAGGGGUGUUGUUUGUGUGCGACGUGCGGGAAUACUAACGGUUUCUGUAGAAGCCUACUCGGAGACAGGUAUCCUUGCAGAGGAUUGUAUUGAAUUCAAGCCCAAAGAUUCUGUCACAAGUACAGGUACUUGCAACCUUGGCUUCUGCACGGUGAUGCUCAUUGUUGGCUGGUCCCUCGCGGCAACGAAGUCUGAACUGAAGUAUGAUGACAACUGAAUAGCUAGUUUGACUGCAUAUGUUUGGCGUUUCCAUUUAGUAUGUUGAAGAUGUCAAGGCUGUUUAUGUAUCAAUUAACAAGUCAUGUUAGGUCAAGUGUCCCAACUGUUUAGGAGUCAUGUUAAGUCAAGUGUCCAUAAGUCAUGUUUUGUGAAGUGCCCAAACUACUAUCUAUGCUUGUGUAUCGGGUGUUAAGCUGAUGCUGCUCUCUUUUGCAGUUUUAAAUUUUAUACUCUUGUUGAGACAGUGUUGGGGCCCGUAUGGAUCGAGUGUAAUUUUUUA